AGAACACCUCCAUUCAUUGACAGCUGUUGUGGACUUUGGUCGUCAUAAGCUUUCAAAAUGUCCGAAAUAUCAAAGAAAAGAGCACGAAAGCCGAAGACGAGGACGGGGUGUAUAACGUGCAAGAUCAGAAGGGUAAAGUGCGAUGAGGGCAAACCAUCUUGCGUGAAAUGCACUACCACAGGUCGGAAAUGCGACGGCUACGCAAACAAGGACCCUGAGCCCGUUGGAUUAGAGACAUGCACUAGAAGCGAUUGUUUGCUCUCGACGCGAAACAUAGCAAGAGCACUGUCGAGCAAUAUCCUUGAAAAUGGCCAGGAGAGAAGGGCUUUCGAGUUCUUUCGUCACAGAACCGCUAUUGAAAUGUCUGGAUUCUUCCAUUCAGAAUUCUGGGAUGGGCUACUCCCCCAAGCCAGUCAAUCGGAGCCGGCAAUCCUUCAUGCAGUCAUUGCACUGGGCUCUUUGCAUGAGCUGUACUGGGAAGGCGAGUCUGUGCUUCCAAGAGAUGCGGAGAUAUCAUCAAAGCGGGCAUUCGCAUUACAGCAGACUAACAAAGCCAUCGGAUAUCUGACGAAGCCUUCAACAUCUGCUACUCCUCGCUCAGGAGAGGCAGUGCUCAUGUCUUGUCUGCUUUUCGUCUGUCUGGAAACUUUCCAGGGAAACCACAAUGGUGCGCUGGCGCAUCUUGAGAGUGGGCUCAAAAUUCUUGGAUCCAUGGGCUUUAAUAAACCAGCCGUCGACACAGGUCUAAUUUCUUCAAGAGGAAGGAGUUUGGAUCACCACAUGUUGAUACCACUGUUUUGUCGCUUAGAUAUGCAAGCAUCAACAUACUUCCCCCGACGUCAAUUGUAUUACGAUUCACCUUUCGAAGACCAAGACUUGCCAGCUGAACCACCAGUUCCGAAGGAAUUCUCGUCAAUAACUGAAGCAAACAACAGCCUGCAGUCUCGAAUCUACGCGGUAGUACGAUAUACCCAACUAGUCCGCCAAUAUCGCGAAUCAACACGACUCGACCCAGAUAAGAGCGUUACAAGUCAACUGCCGAAGAAGCUUCUGAUUGCUCAGAUAGAACAAACGAAGCAACUCGGUCGCUGGCUCACGACCAUGAACGCCUUCUUGAAAGAACCGAAGAUAUCGUUGACGCCACAAGAUCUUCGGUGCAUAGUGUUGCUGAAAAUGCAGCAGAUUACGAUCAACAUCAUGCUCGCUUCGACGAUCUUUAAUGAUCAGACAGAGUACGAUGACCUUAAGACAGAUUUUGAAAGAGUUACUGUACUCGCUGCGAGUCUCCUCAAAGCUCCAGCAUCCUCGAAAGCUGUGCAGAGCCCAUAUUGCAGCUUUGACAUGACAGUCAUCCCGUCACUUUACAACGCUGCUUGUCGCUGUAGAGAUCCAGUCGUUCGACGGAAGGCAAUCGCUCUUCUCUCGAGUUCGGCGAGGCGGGAAGGAAUAUGGAACUCCGAUGUCUCGGCUGCGAUUGCACAGCGCAUCAUGGAUAUUGAAGAGGAUGGGCUGGGACCCAUCUCAAGUGCGCAGAGUGUGCCGAUGGAAGCACGGAUCCACAUCUUGGACAAUUCGUUCAUGUCUGGGGAGCGGAAAUGUUUUGUGAGGUUUCAGAAGGGGAAAACGGGGUUGAUUGAAGAGUGGAUUAGAUGGUAACCGAGCAUCUGGUGCAGUCUGUGGUCUGUUCAGCUAGACGAAGAGAACAUGAUGGAUUUCGUUUCGAACACAUCUACGAGGAGUUCAAGAAAGACUUGCUUAGCUAUGGAGCUGGUGG